AUGUGCUCCACGUCUAUGCUUUGCGUCCCUAUCUCGCCCUCGUUUCCCCCUUACCUCUCUAUCCCUUUACUCACUCAUGUUCAAUUCCCCCUUCAUCUCCAGCUUCUACUCGAUGGCUUGUCGUUGAAUUUGGCGAAAAGGAAAAAAGGUACGUAUACUGUCCUUUUCUCUUUGUGUUUGAGGCGGUUGAGAAAUGUUUGA